AUGCGAGUGACGCUCUAUCUGCCUGUGCUGCUCUGCUGCGUCACUGUGGCUGGUGCCUUCUGCCCCUCGCAGUGCACCUGUGUGUUCCACGGACGCACCGAUGGAACAGGGAGCAGAUCUGUGCUGUGUAACGACCCGGACAUGUCGGACAUCCCUGUGAACGUUCCCGUGGACACCGUCAAACUGCGCGUGGAGAAGACAGCUGCACGCAAAAUCCCCACCGAGGCUUUCUACUACCUGGUGGACCUGCGCUACCUCUGGAUCACCUACAACUCCAUCAGCUCCGUGGACACGGGCAGCUUCUACAACCUCAAAGUCCUGCACGAGCUACGGCUGGAUGGAAACCUGAUCUCCGUUUUUCCCUGGGAGUCCCUGAAGGAGAUGCCCAGUCUGAGGACGCUGGACCUACACAACAACAGGCUGACCACUGUCCCAUCAGAGGCCGUCCCGUACCUGGUUAACAUCACCUACCUGGACCUGUCCAGCAACAAGCUCAGCACGCUGCCCUCUGACCUCAUGGAUAUAUGGCCCCCGUUCAACAAGGCUCCAGUGUCCAACAGCUCACAGAAGAUUGUACUGGGUCUCCAGGACAACCCAUGGUUCUGUGACUGUAAAAUCUCUAAACUAAUCGAGAUGUCCAAGAUGGCCGACAGCCCGGUGGUUCUGAUGGAUUUGUUUUUGACGUGCACGGCUCCGGAUAAUCUGUCCGGAGUGUUGUUCCAGAGAGCAGAGCUAGAGAACUGUGUGAAGCCCUCAGUGAUGACAUCUGCCACAAAGAUCACUUCCCCUCUGGGCAGUAACGUGCUGCUGAGGUGUGACGCUACAGGGCUCCCCACGCCGGCGCUGUCCUGGGUCAGGCCCGAUGGAGCAGCUGUUGAUAACACAGUGGAAGAAUCUCCUGGAGAUGGCGUGCGGUGGUCUAUCAUGAGCCUAACUGGAAUAAUGAACAAAGAUGCUGGGAACUACAGCUGCAAGGCCAAGAAUGUGGCAGGAGAUGCCGAGGCCACCAUCUUCGUGUCUGUGGCUGGCACCCUGAGCACCACCCUCCCUCCAUCUGGCACCAGGCCCCCCAGCCUGGGCACCACCUUCACUGCUGCUGCUGAGCCCUUCUCAGUCACACCCACAACCCUGCUGCUGUCCACCACUGACAGACCCAAAACAACAACCACCGCCCAGAAAAGCUCGCUCAAACCAGCCAAAAUCAAACAAGCAGGGAGCGGGAAGAGGCUGGCUGCAGAUGAGAAGGGCAGUAAGGAUCCUUCAAAGUCUGUGACAGACUUACAGAUAGUGGAGGAGGGCAUGGACAGUGCUGUGCUCCUGUGGACUGCAGAUGGUUUAUCUGGUGACACUCCUCUCACUGUGGUGUACUCCCCUUAUGGAGAGGAGGACACUAAACAGACUCUGGAGACCAGCGUGGGCAGUGGGAAGGAGCUGCUCCAGGGGCUGCUCCCUGGGACCAGGUACUCUGUCUGCCUGGUGGUUAAAGGCAGCACCAGUGCCAAAGACCCCUGUGUGGACUUUUACACAUUGGACAGUGCAGACGACAGUGGGCUCAACCAGCUCUUCAUGAUAGUAAGUGGCAUCGCUUGUGCUCUGAUUCUGCCACUUAUUGCUCUGUUGAUCUAUAAGAUCUUAGCGUUAUACUGCAAAGGACCGCAAAUUCCUAUAGAUGAAGAGGAGCUGGAGAAAGAGAGCUAUGUGAAGUUUGAGACCAUCUCGAUGAAGCACAGGACUUUGAACUCUCACCCUACAGAGCUGUGGGCCCGGAGGCCUACCCAUGACUCGGAGCGCAUGCUCCUGUGCUCCAGGUCCAGUAUAGACUCUCAGAUGACCUACAAGAGCGACAGCUCACGCUCAGAGUAUCUCUGCUGA